AUGGAGCGAGUCGGCGUAGAUCGGCGGCCGCCACCCACGCCGGCACGCUCACCGCUCAAAUCAGUCGCACAGACACCUUUACGUCCACGUGCGACCCCUUUCAAAACACCUGGACGUAGACCACCGCCUGUGACGCCAGCACGUACCUUGGGACGCACGCCUGCGGCGCAGCCAGCGCCACCUGUACGCCGUCUCGUAAUUCACAAGCUCGUGCUGCAGGAUUUCAAAUCGUAUGCUGGCCGCCAGGAAAUCGGCCCAUUCCACAAGUCGUUCUCAAGUAUCGUUGGGCCCAAUGGGAGCGGUAAGAGCAAUGUGAUCGACGCGCUCCUAUUUGUUUUUGGAUGGCGCGCGAACAAAAUGCGGCAAGGCCGACUCAGCGACCUUAUUCACAAUCGAGACGGCGCCACACCGCCCUCCCAAUGCGUCGUGGAAGUGUGGUUCCGUGAGAUUAUUGAUUUCCCAGAUUCAGACGACUUUAAUGUGGUACCUGACAGCGAGCUCGUGCUCAAGCGCUUUGCCCAACGAAAUAAUACCUCGCAGUACACGCUAAACGACAAGCGCUCGUCUUUCACUGAAAUUACCGACUUGCUGCGGCAUCGUGGGAUCGAUUUGGACCACAAGCGUUUUCUUAUCCUCCAGGGCGAAGUAGAAAGUAUCGCUCAAAUGCCACCCAAAGGUAAGACAGAGCACGAGGAAGGCCUUCUCGAGUAUCUCGAAGAUUUAAUCGGGACAAGCGACUACAAGACGCCCAUCGAGGAGCACGCUAAGGCCGUCGAUGCUGCAAAUGAAGCUCGCAGCGAAAAAAUCAACCGCCUCAAAAUCGUGCAGCGAGAAUUGGACGGCCUUGAGCCAAGGCGCAAAGAAGCAGAGCUGUUCUUGCGCGAUCAAAAUGACCUGAUGCGACUUCAGUCGCGAUUGUGGCAAGCGCAUAUGUGGGACUGCCGCACCCUCAUGGCCCACGCCACCGAAUCACUCGCAUCCAUACAGCAGCGCAUCGAAUCUGAGCAAGCCAGACAUACCGAAGCCGAAAGUGGACUCACCACUGUGCGUGAGCAGCACAAGGCGCACGCUGAAGCGUGCGCUCAGAUGGAGCAACAAGCUCGUGAACUGACACGAGAAUUGGAAGUGGCUGAAAAACACGGUGUCGAACUCAAUGCUCGGCACAAGAUGCUCAGUGGCAAGCGCAAAAAAUUAGCCAGCGCGCUGUCAGAGGCCAAGAGUGCUGCUUCAGAUGCGCGAGCCUCAGCCUCGACGGCUGCGGAAACAAUCGCUGCCGUGCAACAGGAGCAGUCCGCGCAUGAAUUGGCGCUGACGAAGGAAGAAAGCGCCUUGGAAAGUGUGUGUGAGCGCCUCAAAGACAAGACCCAAGGAUUUAGCGACGAGAUCGAGCGAAAGCAGAAAGAGCUCGCUCCGUGGACCGCCAAGAUCAGUGAGCAUACUUCAGCCCGUGAUGUACUUCGACAUGAACGCGAAUGGCUUUUGUCUCACAAUGAUGAGGCCAUGCAGCGAGUUGAAGAUGCCCGCGCCACAUUAGCCGAUGUUCAGCGUCAUCUGCAAGUGCAAACGGAAGAAAAAGAAUCGCUUUUGUACGAGCAGCGUGCACUUCUCGACUCAAUCGAUGAAGAUCGCGCACGAGUAACAUCCAUGCAAGAAGAAGAAGACAUAUUGCGCAAGAAAUUCGACCAUGCGCGACGUGCAGCUGACGAUGCGCGACAUGCACUGGAGUCGAGCAAGUCUCGUGGUGAAGUGCUCAGCAGUCUCAUUCGUCAAACAGAGCUGGGUCUGCUAACCGGAUUCCAUGGCCGCUUGGGUAGCCUUGGCACCAUUGAUCCCCGCUAUGAUAUUGCUAUCAGUACGGCUUGUCCAGGUCUGAAUAACCUGGUAGUUGAAGACGUUACCACCGGACAGCAGUGUAUUGAGCAUCUAAGGAAGCACAAACUGGGUCGUGCUAAUUUUAUUCUGCUCAAGAGUCUUCAAGUCAAUCCAAAAGCGAUGGCACCUAUGGCGACGCCAGAAAAUGCACCGCGACUAUUUGAUCUUGUUGCACCGAAGGAUUCACGGUUUGUACCAGCAUUUUAUCACCAGUUAGGCGAUACGCUGGUAGCACGGGACUUGGCUCAGGCGAACCGAAUUGCGUACGGUGCCAAGCGAUGGCGUGUCGUGACAGAAGAUGGCCAGCUGAUUGACAAGAGCGGUACGAUGUCAGGCGGUGGAUCGCGAGUCAUUCGCGGCGCCAUGAGCUCCAAAUUAAGUGAGGAUGUGUCUCCUGAACAGGCCGCGCGGCUUGAAAAGGAGCUGGGUAUCGCUCGAGGAUCGCUCCAGUCACAUUCCCAAUCUAUUUCGCAGCUAAUAACUCUGCUGCAAAAGAACGAGAAUCGCAUUCCCGAUAUUGAGCGUCAACUUACUAUGCUUGAUAGGGAGAUACAAGCAACGACGCAGCGUGUGUCUGAAGCCGAAGACCGCCUUUAUGAGGCUCAGACGCAAAGCGAGCCUGACCAGGAGGAUCUGCGGCGCAUGAAGGAGCUCGAUCAGCAGUGGAAACAUCACGAUGAGCAAAUCGCCACGCUCAAGAACAAGAGCGCUGACCUUGAACAGGCUAUCCACCGAUUGGAGGAGGACAUUCUCGAGGCAGGUGGUGUAGAGCUACGCACGCAACAGUCCAAGGUGCAGGGCAUCAAGGAUAUGAUUUCUUUGUGCGCGGAGCGCCUCUCCAAAGCGGAAGAAGAGCAUGCUAGAGCAGAAAGUGAUUACAAGCGGCAUGAAAAGUCACAAGCCACCAGCGAAGCUCAGCUCGCCACGCUGGAAGAAGAGCUACGGAACAUCGGUGAAAGUCAAACUGCUCAAUCGAGUCAAGCGGCUACCCUUCGCCAGCAAUUCGAUGAUCUGCAGGCCGACUUAGAAGACCGUGCAGAAGCUCGUCGCCAGAUCCAAGCAGAGCUAGAUGGACACGAAUCGACGCUACGUGCCUUCCGGGCCCUGAUGAUGGACUUGACCCAGCAGUGUGAAGAUCACGAAAAGGCCAAGAUGGAGAGCGAGCGCCAACUGGCACAGUGGACGGCUAAACAUGCGACUCUGGUCUUACACCCUGUAUCAACGGACGAAGAUGAGAGUCAAUGCGUAAAGAAAGAAGAGACUGACGAAUUACCUGAGCUCUCGGAGGAGGAGGCACGUUCCGUGGACAAGAGUCACAUCCAGGCCGAUAUGGCACGUCUUGAAGAACGUCUGGCUUCGAAUCAAGUCAAUCUUGAUGUGCUUGCGGAGUUUCAAAAGGUGGAAGAAACAUUCUUAUCGCGUGCCAAAGACCUGGAAGUAACGACUGAACAACGCGACGAGGUACAGCAGCGUUUCGAGGCAUUACGGAAAGAGCGCUUGGAUCGAUUCAUGGAAGGAUUCUCGCAAAUCUCGCUGAAACUGAAAGAAAUGUAUCAGACAAUCACGCUAGGCGGAAAUGCGGAAUUGGAACUUGUGGACAGUUUGGAUCCGUUCAGCGAGGGCAUUGUGUUCAGUGUCAUGCCUCCCAAAAAGACAUGGAAGAACAUCAGCUAUCUUAGUGGUGGCGAAAAGACGUUGAGCAGUUUGGCACUAGUGUUCGCCUUGCAUGCAUACAAACCCACGCCGCUGUAUGUGAUGGAUGAAAUCGACGCGGCACUCGACUUCCGCAACGUAUCUAUCAUUGCCAACAUUAUUAAGGAGCGCACAAGAGGAGCACAAUUUGUGGUUAUUUCUUUAAGGAACAACAUGUUUGAGUUAAGCUCGCGCCUCGUGGGCGUAUACAAAACCGCGCACUGUACCAAGUCUCUGACCAUCGAAAAUACGGACUUACACAAGUCAGAAGGGCCGCCUAGUGCAACAGCGUCGCCGUCGAGGCCUUUAGGGCAUAGACCGCCUCUUCUCGGCUAG